GUCUGUAGCCUGUUAGCAUAUGGGAUGACACUACACAAAUAUUGAAUAAAAACGCGUUUAUUAUCCAAGGAAAGCAAAUCGUGCAGACAACAGCCUUCGUUUGAAACGCUUGACUUCAUGCAGGUUUACUUUAUUUUAUCUGCAGGGCAAACUAGGAGCAACAUUUCUCUGAUAAAGUCAACCAGGAAGAGGCGAUAGCGUGAGGAGGCUUCUUCCACUUGCUUCAUUUUUAAACAACUUGUAUGUUAAAGUGCAAACUAACAACGAAGUGUUUCACGUAUUUAGAGCAGAAGAAGUCAUGAAGGUCCUCAACAUUCCUAGUGGAGGGCCCUUCUUGAUGUGGGCCCUGGCGGUUCAGCUGGUCCUGUGUGGGAGGGGGCUGCUUGCCACUGACAGCACUAAGGCCUGUAAACUGUUCCCUGAGUCUGACUCAGAACGGAAAGUCCUCAAUCGACUAGAGCCGCUUGCCAAAAAGAACUUCACAGCUGAGACCAAGACUACAGAUGACCAUUACACAUAUGUGUUCCAGUUGUGUGGGGAUGCAGGCGGCAUCCCAGGAGCUGGGCUCAUUCAAGUGGACAGCAAGAAACCAGACAAACCAACAGUGGUUGGCAUGUAUAAUUCAACACAGGCCAUUGGAGGAAGUGAUUGGGUGAUGUUGAUCUACAGAAACGGUGACAAAUAUGAUGCCCACUGCAACAAGGAAUAUAGGAAAGCCAUCAUCAUGAUCUCUUGCAACAGGGAUGUGGACAUGGGCCAGCUGGAGGUGAUCUUGGAGGACAGAGACAGAUUGCGGGACUGUUUCUACCUGUUUGAGCUGGACUCCAGUGAAGUGUGCCCACCUAUUCAAUCCCAGAUCAGCGCUGGCUCCAUAAUACUCAUAAUUGGAGUCUGUCUUCUGGCUGUUUACCUCAUCGGAGGUUUUCUCUACCAGCGGCUGAUUGUUGGAGCCAAAGGAAUGGAGCAAUUCCCUAAUUAUGCUUUUUGGGUGGAGGUUGGAAACCUGACAGCGGAUGGGUGUGACUUUGUGUGUCGGUCACGGAAUCGAGAGGAGCCCCCCGCUUACAGGGGAGUGGCCACUGAACCGUUAGAGGAAGAGCCAGAAGAGAGAGAUGACCACUUAUUACCUAUGUGACCUCAGUAUGUCAGAAAUGGGACAUCAUUUUUUACUGUGUGACACAGUUUACGCUUUCACAGGUUUGAUGAAAUUGCUGUUAGACACAAGUCUGUUUUCUUGUGCUGGUUUAGACUUGUGCCUAGUGCAACUACUGUGUGAUCUGCUUGUAACUGGGACAGACCUGUCUCCUCUCCAACCCCGUGCAUGUCAUUCAGGUGUUUGAUGGCAAACAAAUGAGUGAUUCAUCUGGCAUUUCAAACCACAGACUUUUCUUCCACAGAAAUCUGGCACAUAAGGGAGAAGUUAAGAUACCGGGUGUCUACAUGAUGAAAAUUAUUUUAGACAUUGCUCAAUAUUUUUCUGCUCAGCUAAUGAUUGUGAAUGUUAAGUUUAACUCUAACUAUGCUUACAGCCUUGCUACACAAAGAUUCCUGCUAAAACCACAGCUUAACUGAAUUUGCAUUAGUUGGGUAAUUUCCUCUCUUCCACCUACAAAGAAAAGCUUCUACAUCAAUGUUAAUAUAUUUCUAGUAUUGUCAACUUCCUGGUUGAAAUCUGAGAUUAACAGUUUUAACUAACCAUCCUCUUAAAUUUCUAUCAGGAAGGUCAAGAAUGACUAUACUUCAAGUUCACAAAUUUAGUCUCUGGGAAACAAACACCCAACUAAAAUACUUUAAAUCUCUAAUGUUUACUUAUAAAUGCUAUAAUACAGUGAUGGCCAAUUAGCUAGCAAAGAGAUUUAUAUAUGAAUUCGGACAUUCAUAAGGUAUGAUUUCAAAAAGUAUAAAAGUAUUUUGCACAUGUAGUGCUUGUAUUUUCAUAGAAUAAACGCACAUUCACUGCAAUGAGCAAUGUUCAUAAUAGUAAAACAGUUUGAUAGUGAAUAUUAUAAUGAGUAAACUAAUCCAUCUGUCUACAUGAUAAAACUGACCUAAACACUAGAUGCACUGCAGGGACACACCAAAAUGAUAAGACAAUGCCUAGUUUGUCUUAGACCAAAUCUGCAGGCUGCUUCAUGCCUGAUAUAGUUCUUCUUUAUGCGGAUAAUCGUUACAAUGGAAGUACUUCAUUUUCUGUGCACUUCCUGUAUUACUGUUCUAUACUUGUUGAAAUGUUCUGCUCUGAGGAUAUAAAUAAUUACCUUUGAAAUAUUUUUACAUAAAUCCAUUGUAAUUAUUAAUGCUGGUAAGGAUUAAAACAAGCUUUUGGAAACUGAUGGCAGACAUGUUAUGAAGUUUGUGUAUUGAGUCAAGUUACUAUGAGUUACUGUGAGCAUCUGUGUUUCUUUCACUAUCAGUCACACUAUCAGUGUGUGUGUUUUCCAAUGUUGAUAUUUCUUUACUAAGUUGAGUGAGGCAACUCCUGUGUCUUGAUCUGAUGGUUAUACCAGUAAGGUAGUGAGCUUAACCAACUCAAAGCUCAAAGAUGCUGUCAAGUCACAAGUGGAGAUUUUUGUUUUUUCUGAUUCCAUUAAAAAUACAGUUUAAAACUGGUGCGUUUAUGAUUAUUGUUGUGGUG